AUGCACCUAUGGCUCAUCGUUAAGAGAUUCAAUCUCUCACUCCCUCAAAGCUUCUGCAUCACCUUUGGCCUAACCAUUGUUCUCUGUCUCUCUCUCUCGCUCUCCCUCUCUCUCUUGGAGGCCUAUGCGUCACAUGUGGGACUUACCAGAGAUAGAAGCCCCCCAAAGGGGUUAAAUCCAAAUUUCGAGGAAAUUUUUCCAUCUUCCCCAUUUCUUCUCUUGGAAGAAAAGGUUCCUACAAGAGAAGCAAAGCAUGCAUGCAUGUGCAUCUCAUCCCCAGCUCAAGCUAUGCAAAUAGCUUCGUUGGACACAACAUUUCUAACUUUAGUCUUGGAAAGGCUAAAAGAAAAAAUAAAAUUUUUGGAAUUUAGCCCCCGGCAAGGCUAA